AUGGAUUUUGGGUCAUGGCUGACAUCCCAGCAAUCAUGUAAAACACUUCCCUGUGGCCUUUUGACAUGCACACAGAGGUAUCUCACUGCCAUCAAAACCAAGCGCAGCAUCCAGUUUGUGGACUGGUGCCCAACUGGUUUCAAGGUUGGUAUCAACUACCAGACUCCCACUGUGGUUCCUGGUGGUGACCUGGCCAAGGUGCAGCAGGCCGUGUGCAUGCUGAGCAACACCACAGCUGUUGCUGAGGCCUGGGCUCGUCUGGACCACAAGUUUGACCUGAUGUAUGCCAAGCGUGCCUUUGUUCACUGGUACGUAGGGGAGGUGAUGGAGGAAGGCGAGUUCUCGGAGGCGCGGGAGGACAUGGCUGCCCUAGAGAAGGAUUACGAAGAGGUGGGGGCAGAUAGCAUUGAGGGUGAGGAUGAAGGAGAAGAGUAUUAA